AUGUCUUGCCUUCCAUGGCUGGCAAUGGGCUUCUUGAAAAUGUUUGUUUCAGUCAAGAAACGCAUUGCAUUAUCGGAUAUAGGCGAAGAAAACCCAAAAUACAAAGGGAAGUUGUAUCAAUUUAUAAGAGCUUUUCUUGCCAUUUCAGUUGUAGCUUUGGUGAUAGAAGUCAUGGCCUAUUUCAAUAAAUGGAAUUUGAAUAUGACUAAUCCUUGGGAGGUUCAGAGUCUCGUGCGAUGGUCUUACAUGGCUUGGCUUUCUUUUCGAGUAGAUUAUGCUGCUCCUUUCAUUUUAAUGCUUUCCAAAUUCUGCAUUGUGCUUUUCAUGAUUCAAUCAUUGGAUCGGUUAGUCCUUUGUAUUGGUUGCUUUUGGAUUAAGUUCAAGAAGUUGAAGCCAGUGAUUGAAGGAGAACCUUAUGAUAUUGAGGAUGGUUCAAGUUUUCCAAUGGUUCUUGUUCAGAUUCCUAUGUGCAAUGAAAAAGAGGUAUAUGCGCAAUCAAUAUCUGCUGCCUGUCAGCUGGAUUGGCCAAAGGACCGGCUUUUAAUUCAAGUCUUAGAUGAUUCAGAUGAUGAAAUUGUACAGCUACUGAUAAAAAAUGAAGUUUACUCAUGGAAAGAAAAAGGGGUGAACAUUAUAUACAGACAUCGGUUCAUCAGAACUGGCUAUAAAGCUGGCAAUCUUAAAUCUGCCAUGGCCUGUGACUAUGUCAAAGACUAUGAAUUCGUCGCAAUAUUUGAUGCAGACUUCCAACCCAAUCCUGACUUCCUCAACUGA